AUGUCCUCCCUCAAGCGCAAGCGACCUCACGAUGCUGCAGCAGCUCGUGCUAAGUCUCCACCCAAGCCAGUCCACCGUGCAACACGUCACACCUCCAAUGCCCCGCUCCUCUUCAAGGCCGACCCGGAGCCACGCCGCAAACGCGCCAAACCUCCCGAUGCAGCCGUGUCUCAUGCACAACCAGAGCCAGAGCCAAAGCCAAAGCCAGAGCCAGAGGCGAGCGAUGGCCAGGACGGAGAGACUCAUGAGUUAAAGAAGGCCAGCCUCAGGGGUCGCCCAUCUGCACGAGCACCUGCAUCUGCACCUGCUGCGCCCACACACCCAAGCGCGUCGGGGCGCUCAGCACAGCGCCGGCCCGUGCUGCAGGCUACGAAUCAGGCUCGUCAGGGCCCGGCAUUGAAGCCUGCAAGGAGCCUCCGCCACCGUCACGAUCAUGCUCAACCCGACGACGACGACCACGCCAACACAAGUCGCCCCGUCCAGCCGAUGCAUGUCGAGCAAAGCGCAGACCUGAGACCUCGAGGUUCAGCUGUCGCUUCAACACCAAAAGAUUCACAGCCACCGCCGCGAACUGUCCCGAAGCAUCCAUCCCCUCCUAUACCACACCAGCAACAGCAACAGCAACAAGACUCACAUAUGCCGUCGAAUACACGCACUACCGCUCCUAUGACACAACUUCCUUCCCGAUCGGCUAGGGUCCCAGAUCAAGUAGCAGCGAACACGAGCAAACCAUUUCUACAGGCCCCUAAGCGCUCGCCAAAACCGGCCAAGAAGACGCAGCAGCAACCUGGCAAAGAGCAGAAGAGGCCAAGCACCGCCCAGCGAAACAUCGAUAAGGUCGUGUUCGGCAACAUAUGUUUCUCGACAUGGUACCACUCACCCUACGGCACGGAGGCACUGGGAGACGUGUCAGGGAACAGCGUCAAGUCGGGCAACAGCAACGGGCCCUCCUCCCAGGACGGGAAUAACAAGGACGACAGCCAGGGGAACGCGUCGUCCCGAAAGACGAAAGAAGACAAGCUAGACAGGCUGUACGUCUGCCCGUGCUGCUUCAAGUACUCCAAGGAGCUGGUGCCAUGGUGGCAGCACGUCCACCAGUGCGAGAGGAGGGGCUACGUUCCUGGCAAGAAGAUCUACACACACCCUAAGGGCCAGCGAGCGAGGCACGCCGCCACGACGCCCAAGGGUACAGGGCGCAAGAGGAAGGCGCCAGACACGCCAGCCCAGCCCGCCGUGAAUGACACCGUCGAAGACCAGGGCGAGUGGUCCAUCUGGGAGGUUGACGGGGAGGAGCACGGGCUGUUCUGCCAGAAUCUGUCGCUGUUCGCCAAGCUAUUCCUCGACAACAAGUCCGUCUUCUUCGACGUGAUCGGCUUCAACUACUUCCUGCUGGUGCACACGACGCCGCGCCCAUCACCGCCCUCGCCACCCCAGGACGGCGAUGAGGAUCAGCAGCAGCAGCCGCCACCGCCGCCCAAGCACCAGAUCGUGGGCUUCUUCUCCAAGGAGAAGCUGUCGUGGGACAACAACAACCUGGCGUGCAUCCUGAUCUUCCCGCCCUGGCAGCGCAAGGGCCUCGGCGCGCUGCUGAUGGGCGUGAGCUACGAGAUAUCGCGGCGCGAGGGCGUCGUCGGCGGGCCCGAGAAGCCCAUCUCCGACCUCGGCAAGCGCGGCUACAAGCGCUUCUGGGCCGGCGAGAUCGCCGCCUGGCUGCUGGGGCUGGACACGAGCGGCGGGGACGAGGUCGUCGUCGACGCCGACGAGUGCAGCCGCGCCACGUGGAUCGUCCCCGAGGACUGCCUGGCUGUCCUGAGGGAGAUGGGCAUCGUGGAGGAGGCGGGGCUGGGGCCACCGAAGCCUGUUAGACGUGGCACUUCCCCAGGUGACGGGGACGGCGGGGAGGCAGCGGCUGCUGUUACCAACGGCGAGAAGGAGAAGGAGGUGCCCCGGGUGCGGGUCAGUAAAGAGGCUGUUUGGGACUGGGUCAGGGCGAACGGGAUCAGCCUGGAGAAGGCCUGUGAUCCGGAUGGGUUCGUAGACGGCUAUGCUGUCAAAACAACGUCAGUGGAGGAGGACGAAGAAUAG